UUAUUGUGUUUGUGAGAUGACAAGGAACAGGACAAUAUUAUAACAAGCUACAUAAACAUACAGUGUGAGACUGAUAGUGUUCCAAGGUGGUUAAACACUGCACAGGAUUAACUCGGAUUAAUUACUUAACACAAUGAGUGACUCUGAUGAGAGCCGCGGAUCCCCUUUGGAGCAGCCGUCCACGGAACAACUUCUGGACGCUGUCCGGGGGGCCGGAGCUGGUCUCCUCCAUCAAGACGAUAGCAAACUUAACCCAGCCGAACUUAGCGCACAGGGACUGAACGUAGAUAAAUUUCCCAAACAGAUUCAGGAUGCUGUGUCCCAAGUCCUGAAGGGCUAUGACUGGUCCCUAGUACCCAUGCCCCAAAGGGGUCCCAACGGCGAGAAGAGGAAACCUCACAUCAAGAGACCUAUGAACGCCUUCAUGGUGUGGGCUCAGGCCGCACGUAGGAAGCUGGCCGACCAGUACCCGCAUCUACACAACGCCGAACUUAGCAAGACCCUGGGAAAACUUUGGAGGCUUCUGAAUGAAGAAGAGAAACGUCCAUUCGUGGAUGAAGCAGAGCGCUUACGUGUUCAGCACAAGAAGGACUAUCCAGACUACAAGUACCAGCCAAGACGCAGAAAGCCCCUGAAAAGUGCUAGUGGUGGACAGACGGAAGGGGGACAGGUUCCCCCCGGACUCAUGUUCAAAGGACUGAAUGAACACUCCCCCUCCGCCAUCAGUGACGGAGACUCUGGUAGUGACUGCUCUAAUCACAACCCAAAUGGACCACCCACUCCUCCCACCACACCCAACCAACACGACCUUAUUACUCUCAAGUGUAUGCCCGACCGGCUACGUCAUCGCCCACAUGUGCCAGGACAUCCGAUCGACUUCCGGAGUGUGGACUUACAUACAUAUCCUUCAGAAAUGGUCCUUCCCAUCGACAACUUCGACGACCAUGAAUUGGAUCAAUAUCUACCAACUACAGCAUCCCACAUGCCUGGUACGCAUGCGCCAGAACAGUACACUUCCUGUUACGGGACAGCUUCCUCCUCGACUACCACCUCGUCCUCCUGGACGUCCAACUAUCGCGUGUCAUCAUCCGGCAUGUGUCUGCCGUCCUACCCUCUGCCCCAAAACAAUGACGUUUCGUCCCCAUACGAUCUGUCUAAUCACUCGCCACAGUCGGCUACCAACGCCUCCUCCCAGUCUCCUCCCAUGCACAGCCCCUCAUACCAACCAAAUACAACAGGAAGCACUGGCACCUGCAAGUACAUUGGCGAGGACGACCAGACAACCGUCAAACUAGAGCCUUUAGGUGCCAGGUCAGCCCCUCGUCAAUCGCAGACUUCCUCACAGGGACAAUUUGACACUUACAACAUUUCCCCUCCCCCACGAUACGACAGUAACCACCACGGGAGUCAGUUCACCUCUCAGCACGGCUUCCUUCCGGCUAGCACCACCGCCCAACCCUACCAAUACAUGGGUGUGUCCCGCCAAAUGUUCAACCCUAUCCCUGCCGCCGUCCCAACUGAUCAGACAUGGAAUCGGUUCACGUAACUUGUGAUGUCAUUUGAACGUGCAGCUAGGUCAUGACCGUCACUGGUUCUACGUGUCUGAACUGUUGUGUAUGUGACGUAUGUGACGUGACGAUGUGAUCUCGUGCUGAGCAAGCUUUAUACAAACUGGAUAUCAUUUUGUUCGGAGAACGUGCACAAUAACUUUUUCUUCUACCGAUUAGACAGAAAUACCACAAGUGUCUGACGGACAGGUGCCCGAUAUUGUGCUACCAUUAGUAUAUACAAUCAACCUGCUCGAUGUCCAAAGUGAAAGUAGGUCAGAUGAGUAUAUACAUUACGCAACAAAUAUUCUACAAACAAGUUUCAUUGUAUGUCUCUAUUUAUUAUCUAUAUGAAGGUCUCAAAGAGAAAUAUGUAUGUUUGUGAGAGGUAUGUGUCCUCAUCUUAUAUACUCACCGUCUGACGUAUCCAACCAAAGUCCCGUUCUGAUGGAAGCAUUUGUAACCGGUGUUGACAUGUGACGUCAUCAUGUUUUGUUGUUUUCGUCAUCCUUCGAUGUUAAUUUACAUGAUUGGUGCUUACCUAUCACGUGCUACAAGGUGACAGAAGUCUCUAGCACUGGGUGCCUUCUUCAGAAAAUCAUUUUGCAUUGUUAUUUAUAUUACAUAUACUCAUCAACAAUAAAAUGAUCAUAGUUAUUGUAGUUUUAGAACUGUUUAUUAUCAACGGACUUUGAUAAAUUGUCUCUGUAUUUCACAUCGUGCCUUUGACCAAAGUACUUUUUACAUUGUUUUUUUUAAGAGAGAAUAAUUUUAAGUGCCUAGAUCUAAGACUGGCUACUAGCCAAAGGUUUCUGUCAAGAGCUGUCCAGUUGUAUUCUUUUACAAUUUUAUUUCUCCAUACUUUGAAAUAUUUGUUCCAAAUAAGUCUAGGUUGAUCAUUAAAAGGAUUUUUGUCUGGGCCCUAUUUUCAGGGCGACCCGUAAUAGGGAAACACUUUGCAAUAAGUAAGAAAACCAACUGGUUGUUAUUUUAGAAUAUUAAUAUUACAAGUACACUUUUUAUGCGAUUUUCUGCAUUACAUUUUAAAAAUGUUUGUAAAUAUCUUGUAUAUAUAUUGAUUUAUGCAUUAAAUUCUUUUGAUAAA